GCGUCACGUUAAAGGACUGCAGGCGCCGAGGGAGCGGCGGGGGGGCGGGCUCCGGGGCUGCGCUGGCGCUCCGGGUUGGAGCCGGCGGCCACGACGAACCAGCAGGUCCCACCCCGUGGCGGGAGCGACCGGGGGAGGGGAAGCCGCCGGCUGGGCGGGCGGGGGAGGGCGCUCCAGCCGGCGCGGACGGGACUGGCCGGGGAACGCCGCGGGCGGAUGGAGGCGCCUUCUUGCCCCGCCUGAGCUCAGCCGGGCUAGAGCCGACCGGAGGGCCCGCCUCCUGCCGCCGGAGCGGCCGCGCGAGCAGCCGGAGGAGGAGCGGCGGGCGCCGGGCUGCUCCCCGCGGGAGCCCCCAGCAUGGUUGACUAUAUUGUGGAGUAUGACUAUGAUGCUGUGCACGAUGAUGAGUUAACUAUUCGAGUGGGGGAAAUCAUCAGGGACGUGCGAAAACUACAGGAGGAAGGAUGGCUAGAAGGAGAACUCAAUGGGAGAAGAGGGAUGUUUCCUGAUAAUUUUGUUAAGGAAAUUAAGAGAGAGACAGAAUCCAAGGAUGACAAUUUGCCCAUCAAACGGGAAAGGCAAGGGAAUGUAGCAAGUCUUGUACAACGAAUAAGCACCUAUGGACUUCUAGCCGGAGGAAUUCAGCCACAUCCACAAACCAAAAACAUUAAGAAGAAGACCAAGAAGCGUCAGUGUAAAGUUCUCUUUGAAUACAUUCCACAAAAUGAGGAUGAACUGGAGCUGAAAGUGGGAGAUACUAUUGAUAUUAGUGAAGAGGUAGAAGAAGGCUGGUGGAGUGGAACCCUGAACAACAAGUUGGGACUGUUUCCCUCAAAUUUUGUGAAAGAAUUAGAGGUAACAGAUGAUGGUGAAACUCAUGAAGCCCAGGAUGAUUCAGAAACUGUUUUGACUGGGUCUACCUCACCUUUACCUUCUCCGGGAAAUGGGAACGAAACUGCACCUGGAUCAGUUACCCAGCCAAAGAAAAUCCGAGGAGUUGGAUUUGGAGAUAUAUUUAAAGAAGGCUCUGUGAAACUUAGGACAAGAACGUCCAGUAGUGAAACAGAAGAGAAAAAACCAGAGAAGCCCUUAAUCACACAGUCACUAGGAUCCAAAACUCAGAGUGUGGAGAUAACAAAAACAGACACUGAAAGUAAAACUAAAGCUAAAGAAUAUUGUAGAACGUUGUUUGCCUAUGAAGGUACUAAUGAAGAUGAACUUACUUUUAAAGAAGGGGAGAUAAUACAGUUGAUAAGUAAGGAGACUGGAGAAGCUGGCUGGUGGAAGGGUGAACUUAAUGGUAAAGAAGGAGUAUUUCCAGACAAUUUUGCUGUUCAGAUAAAUGAACUGGAUAAGGACUUUCCUAAACCAAAGAAACCACCACCACCUGCGAAGGGUCCAGUUGCAGUAGCAGCAUUUCAAGUCUCAAUGGACAGUAUUGAACCACACAAAAACAGAAUAUUUCCAUCAUCCCAGAAAGUUCGACUGGACAGCGGUAUUGUAGAGGACGUGAACUCCUUCAUUGAUAAGGAAGGAACUGAGACCACAGAGCUAUCACUUACUCAAGCUCCAAAGCCUGAGCUGACAGGUGCAGAGAAGAAGUAUUUUCCUACAAAGCCUGAAGAAAAAGAUGAGAAGUCAGUGCCGGAACAGAAGCCUUGUAAACCAGCUGCCCCACAAGUCCCACCCAAGAAGCCUGCUCCGCCCGCCAAAGCCAAUAAUUUACUGAGAUCUCCUGGAACAGUGUACCCAAAGCGACCUGAAAAACCGGUUCCUCCGCCACCUCCUGCAGCCAAGAUUAAUGGAGACGUUUCUACCAUUUUAUCAAAAUUUGAAACUGAGCCAGUAUCAAAACCAAAGCUAGAUUCUGAACAGUUACCACUUAGACCAAAAUCAGUAGACCUAGAUACAUUUACAGUUAGAAGCCCUAAAGAAACAGAUCUUGUAAAUUUUGAUGACAUAGCUUCCUCAGAAAACUUGCUACAUCUCACUGCAAAUAGACCGAAGAUGCCUGGAAGAAGAUUGCCUGGCCGCUUCAAUGGUGGACAUUCUCCAACUCAAAGCCCAGAAAAAAUCCUGAAGUUACCAAAAGAAGAUGAUAGUGCCAAGCUAAAGCCAUCUGAAUUUAAGAAGGAUUCGUGCUACUCUCCAAAGCCAUCUGUUUACCUUUCAACACCUUCAAGUGCUUCUAAACCAAAUACAGCUGCUUUUCUAACUCCGUUAGAAAUCAAAGCUAAGCUAGAAACAGAAAAUUCCUUGGAUGAACUUAAAGCUCAGAUUGUUGAAUUGCUGUGUGUUGUGGAAGCACUAAGAAAGGAUCAUGGGAAAGAACUGGAAAAACUACGAAAAGAUUUGGAAGAAGAGAAGGCAAUGAGAAGUAAUCUAGAGGUGGAAAUAGAGAAACUGAAAAAAGCAAUCAUGUCUUCUUGAAGUGACGUGCACCCAGUGUUCUCAGCGUUCCAGGGAUUCAGAAGCAACACUAUGAACUUCAACUGACUUGCUACUUAAAAAUAACAAAUGCUGAUGUCGUGAUAAAGAAAUAUGCGUAUAUGAACUAUUAUAUCUAUAGAAAAAUGUAGGGGGAGGGUGAAUUGUUUUUAUAUAUUUUGUUUUGCCAAUAUGAAAAAAAAGAGGCCUUAUUUCUUAUGUGCUGGGAUUGCAAACUCUUUUGUUUAGUUUGCUUGAAAAUACUACUGAAUCUGUAUAAAAAGGAAAGAAAAUUCACAAUAGUUUUUUUUUAUUGAAACUUGUAGUAUUAUUUUUAAAGAGAUCUAUACUAUAAAUAUGGUGAUAUCUUUACGAAUAAUCUGUAAAAUAUACCAUUUGAGAGGGACAGUUUAGCUUUAUAGUAACUAUAGUCACUACUUUUCCCAUAAAACAUAAGGGAUAUAAACUUUGUAUAUAUAUAUUUUUUAUGUUUAGCUUCUUACCCAGGAUUACACUGUUGUGCCUGUUUGUUUGCAGUUUGUGAUACUCUGGGUGAUGAAAUAGGAGUUUCCUAGCUACAAACCAGAUUACUCACCCAUGCAUAUAGUAAUAACUGUAAUGAACUAAUCAAAAUAAUUUCUUCAACUUUUGGAAUAUUUUUUUAUUGCUUGCACUAUAGGAUUCAUAAAGGAAUUUAGUUAAAAUGUAUUGGAUUGUUAAAUAUAUUGGGGAAAAUAUGAGCUAUAUUUUAAAUUCAUUAGGUCUAAGGAACUAAAAAUGUCAAUUUAACCCUUAACUUGUUGUGCCUAGAAACUACAGCACAUAUAAUAUGCAAACACCAGCCUUAUUGCCGUACUUUUCUGCUUAUUUUACAGGCUCAAAUAUUACUCAUUUCAUAAUCUUGUGAUUUAAUUCUUCAUGCCCCUCCAUUUGAUUUUUAAUAACGGUAAUGUUAGAAAAACAAAACUCCAGAACUUUCAGAACUUCAGUGUGCAGUUUCAUACUUUGACAAGUUAUCAUUAUGUAAAUACUCAGGUUUUACAUUGUGUAAUUUACCUACUAGACUAAACUAACUGGUGGAGAUAUUUGGGGCUGUCAUUUAGGUAACCAACUUUAUAAAGAGUGUUUAGUAGGUCAUAAAACGUAACAUCACAGCUUAUUUAAAACCAAAUAGUUGGCCAUAUUCAAAAUGCAUUUUCACCAAGUGGGUGAAUAGCAGUUUCUUCACAGUCACUUAUGAACACUUGAACUUUUAAAAAUGUUAUCUACAGAUAAUAUGUCUCAAAAUAUGUGGGUUUAUAUGGAAAGUAGAAAAUUUGAUUUUUUUUUUUGCAAAAAAAAUUAGAUUUUAAGCUUUAUUAUAGCAAAUGACUUUCAGAUUUUGAGUACCAUCUAUCAUGCUUCUAUUUUGUGUUCUUUAAACCCCCAAACCAAUAUUUUUCCUUUAAGUUUUAGUUUUAUAAUACUGAAAUCUUGUGUUAAUGAAAUUUUGUCAUAUUGUUUCAAAUAAAAGUGAAAUAGAAAAUAAUAGAAACUCCAAUACAUAAUUACUUAAAUUCACAACUUAAAUUAGUGCUUUUGGGGAAAUCUGUGCGUUAAGUAUGUACAUUGUAACUUCUUAAAGUCCUUGGGGCUCUUCUGAUGAGGUCACUGCUGAACAAAAUUGUUUAUUCCUGUUCUAGUGUUUUUAAAUGACUUGUCAAAUGAAUGAUUUCCUUCUUCUUAAAUAAAUUAGGUCUUAUUUUCUUUUAAUAUGAAAGUCUUCAGGUAGAAAUAAAAACAAUGUACCCUGGAAAUCACCCUCCAGCUUUAUGACUGGAAGAUCUGAUUACGUGCUCCCUCCUUCCCCACCCUAAUAAUGGGGUAGGGGAAGUUACCAGCAGAUUUCAGGCUGUUCUUAAAGUUUUUGUUGGUCAUUUUCUCACCAGUGCAUAAAAUCAAGAUGGUCAUGAGUACUGAGAGACAUUUAAAGUGUUUGCUUGUAUACUGCUCAGUCAGAAUUGAAAAGUAAUUCAAGUACUGUGUCUCUAUUUUCUUGCCCUUGACCAAAUAGUAAAGAAAAGAAAACCAAAAUCAAAGGGAAAAACGAUUACUUUAAUCUAGCAAUUUACCAGUAUUUGCUCUUGAUAUAGGAAUUUUAUUAAUUCCUGUUUAUAAAGUUAAUAUCAUAAAAUGCUAUGUAAUAAUAUAGCUUUUACUUGGGGGUAAAUCUUUUUUUUUUUUUUAAUGAGUGAGUAUAAAUUAUAGAGUAGAGGUGAACAGCAUGGCAUCUGUCAUUGCCAAAUUGGUAGUGAAUGUUUGCUAUUCUUUGAAAAAUAUAAUAUUACUAAUUUUCCUAAUUAUAUUUCAAUAUUAGGAGUAUUGUGUGUGUGUGCGACCACCAAGCUUUGGUCAUACUAUAAAGCUGUUACCUCUUUACAAAAUCUAAGUCUGAAGAUAGGAAGAGAGAAUGGGCCUGGUGUAACAGAGGAUUCUCUUUUUAUGCUUCUUACUGUGAUCACAGAAAAAAAUAAACCCAAGUGCUCUCUAGAUGUGUUGGUAAACAUUUUAUGCUUGCAUUUAAACUUGAAAUGUAUGAACAGAAUGAGACAAUCAGUUCAAAUCAGAAAUGAGAAAUGUUAAAAUUUAAUGGCCUUGUUUUGCUGUAGCAAUAAAAUGACCAAGUGCAAUGACUUGAUUUAAUAAAAUCAUCUUUUAAAAGUUGCUGCUAUGAAUAUUUUUAGCCAUAAAAUUUUAUCCUUGUUGUAGCCUGACUUGCCUUCAGUAACUGUUAUGUAAUGCAGUUGGUGUUGUGGUAUUCUAACAUUCCAAAAAAAUAAUAAUAUAUAUUUAUGGAGAAACUCAAAACAGUAUAUACUUCACUGACUUGUUUACAGGUGCUGUAAAGCAUGCUUCUCCCUCAAAAAGAAAAUAAAGAAUAGUAUUGCCA